AACAACUAAAAAAAUUAAAAAUAAAAAAUUAUAAUUUUCUUAACCUCUUUGCUUGCUAAAACCGAAGGUAUACUAUGAAAAAUAAAAAAUAAUUCGGGUCUUUGUUAAACUUCGAAUCAAAACAUUGUGGGGAAGUUUGAAAUUUCGCGCCGCACGGAGUUUCCUUCUGCAUCAUUUCAAAACUUCAGCAAUAUGCAGCAUUGCUAUUUCUACUGCCGACCAAGAGCUUUGACGCUGGUAGUUUUUCUACAAAUCUGCCUUUUUCUACCACAUGAAUCUUGGGCGGGUUACUAUGAAAAAAAGCUCCUGCAUAAACUACUUGAUACUUAUAAUGUGCUAGAACGCCCGGUUGCUAACGAGUCAGAUCCGCUCCAACUAAGUUUCGGAAUCACGCUGAUGCAAAUAAUAGAUGUGGACGAAAAGAAUCAACUACUUAUUACGAAUAUAUGGCUAAAACUGGAAUGGAACGACGUAAAUCUAAGGUGGAACUCGUCGGAAUACGGUGGUGUCAAAGACCUGCGAAUACCGCCACAUCGCCUCUGGAAGCCAGAUGUUCUUAUGUACAACAGUGCUGACGAGGGUUUCGACGGAACUUACCCAACGAACGUCGUAGUCCGCAACAACGGCAGUUGUUUCUACUUGCCGCCGGGAAUAUUUAAAAGCACAUGUAAAAUCGAUAUCACCUGGUUCCCUUUCGACGACCAAAGAUGCGAAAUGAAAUUCGGAAGUUGGACCUACGACGGCUUACAAUUGGAUCUUCAACUUCAAGAUGACAGCGGCGGAGAUAUUAGUAAUUUUAUUACAAACGGCGAAUGGGACUUACUUGGCGUCCCAGGAAAAAGGAACGAACUUUAUUACAACUGUUGCCCCGAGCCUUACAUCGAUAUUACAUUCGUCAUAAUAAUCCGAAGAAGGACCCUUUAUUACUUUUUUAAUCUUAUCGUGCCAUGUGUCCUAAUUGCAUCGAUGGCAGUUUUGGGGUUCACUCUACCUCCGGAUUCUGGAGAGAAAUUGUCCCUUGGGGUCACCAUUUUACUUUCACUGACGGUGUUUUUGAACAUGGUGGCGGAAACAAUGCCUGCUACAUCUGAAGCUGUACCUCUACUUGGAACAUAUUUUAACUGCAUAAUGUUUAUGGUAGCCUCGUCAGUCGUUUCUACCAUUCUCAUUUUAAAUUAUCAUCACAGAAAUGCUGAUACCCACAUUAUGUCGCCAUGGGUAAGGUUAGUAUUUUUAACAUGGCUUCCCAAAAUCUUGUGUAUGCACCGACCAGGAGGAGAUGAAAGCAAUGGAAGUAAUACUUACUCCCCACCACCUCGACCAUCUUCAGCCACAGCCGAUAGAAAGACAAUACACUUUCCAGACGUUGAACUUAAAGAAAGGUCGUCGAAAAGUUUACUAGCAAAUGUGCUGGAUAUCGAUGAUGAUUUCCGACAUAACUACCGUGGUGGUGGAACACCUACUCCUAUGCCAGCUACUUUUUACCGGACUGUAUUCAGGAAUAAUGAAGAAAGUAACAAUGGAAGCGGACCACGUGGACAAGAACAAGGCAUCGUUUCAUCCCAGCAUAACCUGCUGAGCCAAGAAUAUGAACUAGCAAUGAUCCUAAAAGAAAUCCGCUUCAUAACGGACCAGAUGCGCAAAGAAGACGAGGCACAUACCAUAACGAGGGAUUGGCAGUUCGCUGCAAUGGUAGUCGACAGACUGUGCCUUAUUAUAUUUACCUUAUUCACCAUAAUUGCCACUCUCGCUGUGCUCUUCUCGGCGCCACAUAUCAUCGUUUCGUAGCCCGAGCCUGUUGCAACUGCGUAGUAGGUAAAAACUCAACCGUUCGAACUGAGUUUGCAGCUACUGCGCGUUGAUAAAAUAAUUGUCCUCUUCUUGCUUAUGCGCAGCGACAAGUUGA